AUGCCUAUCUUCAUCGCGGAGCUCGUCUUCGCCGUGGCUCUGGUGAGCUCCGUCUCCCUGGUCGCCUGCCUCUACGUCCGCUACAAACUGCGGAGAUGUCAUUGCCCUGCGACAACCACCAUCGGGGGAGAAGACUCCAAGAUCAGCAACAACAACGACGAGGAGGACAACAACAACAACAACAACAACAACAACAUUAGGGUUUGCUCCGUUCAGAAGGAGACUCCAAAGACCCGGCAUGACCUGGAGGAGCUGAAGAUCAGCAGAGCUCGGGUGUUCUCGUACGGGGACCUGGAGAGGGCCACGGGUGGGUUCAGCGAGGAGUCCCAAGUGGGGAGGGGAAGCUUCUCCUGCGUCUUCAAGGGCGUCCUCAAGGACGGGACCGUGGUUGCAGUGAAGAGGGCCAUUGUGGCGCCCGACCUGAAGAAGAACUCCAAGGAGUUCCGCACGGAGCUCGACCUGCUCUCCAGGCUGAACCACGCUCAUCUGCUCAACCUGCUCGGAUUCUGCGAGGAGGGCGGCGAGAGGCUUCUGGUCUACGAGUUCAUGGCCCACGGGUCUCUGCAUCAGCACCUCCACGGCAAGGACCCCAAGCUUAAGGAGCAACUGGACUGGAUCAGGCGGGUGACCAUCGCCGUCCAAGCUGCUCGCGGGAUCGAGUACCUGCACGGAUACGCUUGCCCCCCGGUUAUCCACCGGGACAUCAAAUCUUCCAACAUCCUCAUCGAUGAAGAACACAACGCUAGGGUUGCAGAUUUCGGACUCUCUCUCCUGGGACCUGCAGAUAGCAGCUCUCCCCUGUCUGAGCUCCCCGCCGGAACCCUAGGUUACCUCGAUCCGGAGUACUACAGGCUCCACUACCUCACCACCAAAUCCGACGUCUACAGCUUUGGGGUCCUGCUGCUGGAGAUCUUGAGUGGCCGGAAGGCGAUCGACAUGCAGUACGAGGAGGGCAACAUCGUGGAGUGGGCGGUGCCGCUGAUCAGAGCCGGCGACAUCGCGGCGGUGUUGGAUCCGGCGCUGAAGCCGCCGGCGGAUCUGGAGGCGCUGAAGAGGAUUGCCGCGAUGGCCUGCAAGUGUGUGAAGAUGCGGGGGAAGGAGCGGCCGUCCAUGGACAAGGUGACAACGGUGCUGGAGAGGGCACUGGCGCUGCUGAUGGGGAGCCCCUGCAACGAGCAGCCGAUCCUCCCCACCGAGGUGGUGCUUGGGAGCAGUCGCCUGCACAAGAAGGCCUCGCAGAGAUCCUCCAACCGCUCCUGCUCGGAGAACGACAUGGCCGAGUCGGAGGACCAGAGGUUCGAGUUCAGGGCGCCGUCGUGGAUCACCUUCCCCAGCGUGGCGUCCUCCCAGAGGAGGAAGUCCUCGGCGUCGGACGGCGACGCAGAGCUGAAGAACCUCGAAGGUAAGAGCAACCAGGCGGGGAACGCCGCCUGCGACGGAUUGAGGUGCUUGGAGGAGGAGAUCGGCCCCGCUUCCCCUCGCGAGGACCUCUUCCUGCAGCACAACUUCUGA